AUGCAGCCUUUCAAUAACCAAGGCAUUGCUAGACCUCGAAACGCUACUCCAGACUUGAAUGUCCGUUCUCCUCAACCUGCAUCCGAUGUUACACUUGGCAUCCGCAGUCAGCUGUUAGAGGACUUCAGAAACUCAAAGAGUCGCAAGUUUGACUUGAAGGAUAUUGCUGGUCAUAUUGUAGAAUUUAGCGGUGAUCAACAUGGUUCACGCUUUAUCCAACAAAAGUUGGAGACUGCCAAUAGCGAAGAGAAGAAUCUUGUGUUUGAGGAGGUUUUGCCCAACGCUCUGCAGUUGAUGACGGAUGUUUUUGGCAACUAUGUGCUACAAAAGUUUUUCGAGCAUGGAAAUCAAAUGCAAAAAACCAUUUUGGCCAAGCAAAUGGAAGGUCAUGUUUUGACUUUGUCGCUGCAGAUGUAUGGAUGUCGUGUUGUUCAAAAGGCUUUAGAGCAUGUUCUUACCGAUCAGCAAGCAUCAUUGGUUCGCGAGUUGGAUGGAACUGUUUUGAAGUGUGUCAAAGAUCAAAAUGGCAACCACGUCAUCCAAAAGGCUAUUGAACGUGUUCCUGCUCAACAUAUACAGUUCAUUAUUGAUGCUUUCCAUGGACAAGUCUACAGUUUGGCAACCCAUCCUUACGGUUGCCGGGUCAUACAAAGAAUGUUUGAACACUGUACUGAAGGUCAAACUGGUCCAUUGCUCGAUGAGUUACACCGGUGCACUGCGCAGCUUGUUCAAGAUCAAUAUGGAAACUAUGUCAUCCAGCACAUUCUUGAGCGUGGUCGCGAGGCGGACAAAUCUAUGGUUGUGUCUAAAAUUCGUGGUCAGGUUCUCCAGCUGAGCAAACACAAAUUUGCCAGUAAUGUCGUUGAGAAAUGUGUCGAUUAUGGUAGCAAGAGAGAUCGCCAACUGUUGAUCGAAGAAGUACUUCAGACCAAAUCGGAUGGCACCUCGCCCUUGGUCUCUAUGAUGAAGGAUCAAUAUGCAAAUUAUGUAGUCCAGAAAAUGCUGGACGUUGUAGAUGACGACCAACGCGAGUUGUUGGUCACUAAGAUCAAGCCACAUAUGCAAUCUUUGAAGAAAUACACUUAUGGAAAGCACCUUAUUCAAAGUAAGUACGAAGCGACGUUUUCCCAACUUGAUUCUCCAAGACGGCCCAUAACUAACCAUGGCUUGUCUUAUUACAGAGGUCGAAAAAUUGAUUCCGUUGAUUAA